ACAGUAACUACCAACCACUAUGGCUCAAAAGGCCCUGUGCUUCAUCAAUGUCUGAACUCAACCUAGCCACAUAUAUUUAAGUAUUGAUUGACAAGCGAUUAUCCCCUCGAUCCUCACACCUCCAGAAAUUAUUGUAUCUUGUCAACUGCACGCAGCACGACCCGGAAAAAUUAGACCCAGAAUGGCUAGCACUUUCGUUACAGUCAAGAGGCCCUUCCUUACUUUGCCUUUCCUCUUACCUUCGUCAUGUGAAGUCUUGUCUCUCACACCACGGCGGUCCCAGUCCUCUUACAGACGUACAAAACAACGCCUACGUGUCAAGCCCGAUGCUUCAUUCGGAUCUUUUUCAAGCCACGUUGAAAGGGAACACAUUAUCCAUAACCCUCCUUCAAGUGCUCCAUCGGUUUAUCACACGCCAGCAAAAUUUCUUCCCAGCGACGACAUCCGGAGAUCUUUAUGUACCGAUAGUUCGAUCGCUCACGAGGAUCCUGCCGCCCUCACACCGUUGAAUGAAUCACCUGGUCCUAAACGGUAUCACUUGAACCCUUCCGAUGUUCUGGAGAUACGUAGGCUCAGAACCAGUGACCCAAUGACAUGGAGCCGCUCCAAGUUGGCCAAGCGCUUCGAUUGCUCACCACUCUUCAUUUCGAUGGUGUGCGGAGCUAGUCCAGAGAAGAAAGAAAUGCAGAAGCAAGUCUUGGAGGCGGUACAAUCAAGAUGGGGCACUAAGCGCCGCAUGGCUAGAGAGGAUCGGAAACUGCGCAAGGAAUCGUGGGGAAGAGAUUGUUGAUGACAAUGAUCAAUUUGUUUGCGCUGAAUUUCUUGCACAGUUUAUCUUAUUACAGGGAACCGGGUGCUAAACCUCUUAUUGCCCUGCCACUCAUGGUCACAGUCACACAGGCCCUUAACCGCUCAUUUUUCUGAGUCUUGUCUUACUAGAAGCUUUCAAUUGGUGUCUAAAAAUGCAGCCUGUCAUCCACCAUGUAACUUGCAACUAUCCUGGAAUAAGUAG